AUGGCAGACCGCAAAGCUCUUGUUCUUGUUGAUCCUCUCAAUGAUUUUCUCCACGACGACGGAAAGCUGUUUCCACUGCUCAAAGAGAGCCUCACGGCGACCGCAGCCAUCGACCAUAUCAACGAGGCAGUGGCCGGCGCUCGUGCAGCGGGAGUUCCAAUAUACUAUGGACUUCACCAACAAUUUCGGGAGGGCAACUAUGAUGGCUGGCGACAUAUGAGGGACGUACACGUCCGUGGUAAGGACAAGCAUGUGUUCGCAGGUUGGGGAGGCGAGAUUUUCGACGGACUUGAACCAGAGCUCACCAAUGGUGACGUGGUGGUUAGCCGACACUGGAACUCCAGCUCUUUCGUCAACACGGAUCUGGACUACCAGCUACGCCAACGAGAGAUAACGCAUCUAGUCAUGGCAGGCAUGGUAGCGAAUACCUGUCUGGAAGCCACAGCUCGUGAUGCAACGGAGAAGGGCUACAGGGUUACGUUUUUGAAAGACACCACAGCUAGUUUCAGCAACAAGCUCAAAGAAGCGGGGGAGAUCGUGUGGCCGACACUUUUCGAGGAAGUUCUGACAACCAAGGAAUGGCUUGUAUCUAUUGGUCAGCAGCCAUCGAACAAAUUGUAA